UCUGGUGAACAAACUGGUGACACAGAUUUUGAUCAAUAUGUUAAGACUCUGCAUUCAGCUGAAUGACACCGUGAAAAGGCGAGGAAACUGAGGAAGCAGGCCAAGCAAGCAUAGGAGCACAUUACAUUUAAGAUAACCAAUGAUGGCUUACAGUGUGACGAGGAAUAUGUUCACCCCUACCUCACUGGCCUAGUAAAGUUAGUAGGGGAUCUCUCAAAAAGGGCAGCAAAUAAGUUAGGUUUGAAUAUAAAUUUUAGCUUGAUUUAUCCAAAAUGAAUUUGACGAGGCUGUGCAGACUAAGAGAGUAGGCAUUCCUAAACACACGACUCCUGUUCAUUCAAUCAGGUAAAAUAAUUUUCUUCCGGAAAAAGCUUGCAUGUGACCUAGUGAAGGAUUUGGAGUUUGACAGUGCAAGAGGAAAGAUCCACCAAGCCAUGGAGCAGCAGCUUCAGCAAAUCAACAUUGUGCGGCAAGCAUACCACAGCAACAGCUACGUGGGAAACCAUGUGAACAUUGCAUUGAAGUACAAUUCUGCGACCCCUAUGUCCCAAGAACAGUUAUCAACUCUGGAGCAAGAUAUCAAAAGACUAUUUGGUUACUACCACGAAACAUUUCCUGAUGAGUCUUUCCCUCUCAAGUUCCACAUGCUGGAGCACCACGUCGUGGAAUUCAUCAGGCACUGGAGAUUCCCUUUGGGCUUUUUCGGGGAGCAGGGAGGCGAAUCAAUCCACCAUGAGCUUCAGGCCCUGCACCGUACGCACAGCCAAACAAAGCCGGCAACGAAUCGCCUCAAAGCCAUCAUCCAAGAUCACUAUGUGAUCGUUGCACCGGCUAACAGGAACGUUAUUCCUAAGAAGAUACGGCGUAAUCUUGAAAGCAUUGACAAGCAAUGAAG